AUGAUCGACGACGAAGAGAAGUACUGGCUGCUCCUGGGAAUUCGCCGCGGCUCUGUGGUCCGUGACUCCAUAACUCUCACUCUUUUCAAAGUGCUGGAGGAUACAAAGCUGUUGGCCGUGCGUAUCAAUCAAUAUGAGAGUCAAGAAAUCCUGCGGCCAGCCAUAUUCCACCGCAUACGACAAAUGCCAAGUCAAGUUCAAGCCCUCAUGCUACAAGAUCCUGAAGAAUGCCUUGACGCUCUUUCCAGGAUUGCCCAGCUUUGCAAGCAAAGCACCUACCGAGUCUGGAAGUACUACAAGGAUACGGCGACCCACAUGCUUCACGAAGAAAAAGUCGUCUUCGUCGCCCCGGAUGGGAUAACGUCAAAAUCCACUUUCCUCUCCCGCUUUUUGACCACCAAACGUGCCCUUUACCACGAUGGUACCGUUGACGAGAGACAUUUGAGCUACGGGUUGUUUGUGGACAAAUUGAAGCAUUUCUGCGGCUACGAUCCCUCAAUCCACGAUAUCAGUCUCUGGCACGUGGAACCAGGAUCUCAGUCACGACUAGAGGCUAAUGCUGUCACCGACCAUGAUAGUUGGAUAUCGGCUAUGAUUGAAGAGCAGAAUAUGCUGCAGAGCUCUAAGACGCCGGUGGUGUUCCAUGUUGCCGAGCUGAAUACAUUUUACCUUGGCCAGAGAUUCGAGUCAUAG